CAGCCAGCUUUCCGUCAUUGUGAUUGUUCAAUAAUUCGGGAUCUAAAGAAGCAAUUUACACUGUAAAAGUGUUUAGAUGUUGUUUACUUUUGUAUUAAAUGUUUACAAUUUGAAAUAAUUACUCUAGUGACCCAUUAAGGGUUUGUUUGUGUAGUGAUUUGAUGGUGGAACUAGUACUAUAUGUCUUCCCGUUAUGGAUCAAUUUACAGUCGAACAAAACGAAAGUGACUAGUUGUACGUGUUUUAUUUGUGAAUACUUGUGCUAGUUUUUUAGUGCUGCGUAUGAAAAAUGGCGCAGACGGUACGACGUGCCGUCGAAGGAAGAUAUCCUUCAUGCUAUCUACCAAAUAGAAUUAAAGAAAGAAGAAAUAAAGCUAGGGCCUUGAGGUUACAACAGCAGAGCAAGCCGGACAAGCCGGAGGACUUUGUUUGUUAUUCGGACAGUGACAGUGAGGAGGAGACACCUGCGCAGCAGCAUCGCAUACUCUCCACAUCAUACAACUUUGUAGAUUAUGUGCGAUCUAGAGAAAUUCAGGCGCCUGAGCCCCGGUCCGUGGACCCGUCGUAUGCGACGCGACAUAUGCUGACACACGACAUGUUCCGUGAGACGCCUGUCAGUCUGGGCAACAUGAACAAAGUGUUCUGCUCACAGUGGCUCUCCGACAGGCAGGUUGUCUUCGGAACUAAAUGUAAUAAGUUAAUGGUUUACGAUGUGCGGUCGCGGUCGUUGGAUGCCAUUCCCACGCUGCGGCCUCGCGCUCCCUGGCCCGGCGCUGAGCACCAGACAGGCAUACAUGCGCUGCAGAUCAACCCCUCCAGAACAUUGCUGGCGACUGGUGCGCGGAACUCGUGUGAGCUCGCAAUAUACAGUCUGCCCACGUUAGACCCUGUCUGUGUGGGAGAGGCGCACAAAGACUGGAUCCUGGACGUGUGCUGGUUGGACGACGAGUUCGUGGUGAGCGGGUCUCGGGACUCGCGACUGGCUCUGUGGCGCGCACCCCCCGCCGCACCCCGCACCCCCCCGCACCACGACUACGUCGCACCCCUCGCCGUUAGGGAGUGCCGCGCGGGUCAAAAGAUCCGCGCGCUGACAUUCAACCAACGGUGGCGGGAGAUCGCGGCGUUGACUCUCAACGGUUACAUCCACGUGUUCAACGCGGAGACAUUCCGGCAGACGCUCUCGCGCAAGCUGCCCUCCUGCCAGGACCUCGUCUGCCUCGCCACACAGGAGAGCGGCAUGUACGCAAUCGGUUGCAAGUCUUACACGUUACUACUGGACUGUCGCACGCUGCAGUCCAUCAAGAAGAUCACCUCGCGGUACAACGGCUGCGGCAUCCGCUCCGCCAGCUUCCGCGGAGACAUGCUCACCAUCGGCACCGGCCUCGGCCUGUUGAUGUUCUACGACGUAAGAGCGGGAAAAUAUCUGGAGAGCAACAUUCAUUCUUCAAAAACGGUGACGCUCAAAGCUUCUAGAGGAUAUGUGUUUCCUGAUGAAGAGGCGGAUGGGUACAAUCAAGUGAAGUAUGUUCCCGCUAUAUAUACACACUGUUAUGAUGACAGCGGCACGAGGAUCUUCACAGCUGGUGGUCCUCUACCAGCACCACUUAUUGGCAACUACGCCGGUAUCUGGCAGUGACCCUCGUUUGAUACGGUGAUGGGGCCUAUCACGUCACUGUACUAUGUCUUAUGUCAGCGGUCAAAGGGUUAACUUUGAUUUUGUGAGAAAAAUUAACAAACUUCUUCCGAAAUUGUUUUUAAAGGCUUGAUUUAUUAUUCUAGUAGUUUUUUAGUGUUGUAGUAAUAUUGAAAAUUCUUUAUAAUUUUGACUUUGGUGAAAUCUAACACUUUGAAUUCAUACUUAUUUAAUUUGA